AUGGGCAUCACAGUCUUAACCGGCCGCUUCAAUGACGGCCCCUUCAUUGGUCUAAACUACCAAACACCUUCUCAGAGAGGUGUGACCAGCAGCGACGGGUCUUUUCUCUACAUGGAGGGAGAGGACGUGUUCUUUUCCAUUGGCCUUCUAGCCGUUGGCGUUGCGAAGGGAGGCCCGUCUCUGACCCUAGCUUCUCUCCACGACAGCGGCAGCGACACAGCUGUGGACCUUCUCCGUCCCGACACCAUAAACCGGGCACGAUUUGUUCUGAGCUUGGGGCAAGAAGCCGAUCUCUAUACUGGCGUCGUCAUCGACGAGAGGGUAAAACAGGCCGUUAGCCACAGAGCAAACGAGAUAAGCUUCACUUCUAGUGUCGAAACCUUUGAACAAUCAUCUUCUGUCAAAGCGGUCUUCGAACAACUAGGCUGCCGUUUUCGGGGAGCGGCAGAAGCUCGAAAUCACACUCGACGGGGCCUACUGGGCAUCAGAGCAAAGCGAGAUGUUCGAGUACCACUCCGCGAUGGUUCCUAUCUGUUGGCCGAUGUUUUCCACCCCGUCGCCAAGGGUACUUACCCAGUGCUGCUGAGGCUGAGUAUUUAUGGUCGUGCAUUCACGAUUGGCUCCACCCACAGCGAAAACGACCACAAGCUCAGUGAGGAACGUGAAGCAGACUGGUAUGAAAAGAGCCGAUCCCAAAUCAACGCUUAUUUUCGAUACUCGGAAACUUGCGUGAGCGCCAACAGCAGCGACUGGGUGCCCCGUGGAUACGUUGUCGUCCGAGUGGACGCAAGAGGAGUCGGUCAAUCGCCCGGGAAGCUCGAGCCGUUCUCGAAGCAGGAAGCAGAGGAUUAUUACGAUUCCAUACAGUGGGCUGCUCAACAACCAUGGAGUAACGGUAGGGUUGGACUGUACGGUGCAUCGUAUAACGCAACGAUUCAAUGGAAUGUCGCUGCCCUGCAACCCCCAGCCUUGAAGGCUAUUGCACCACUCGCGUCUGAUGCAGAUGCUUACCGGGACUUGGCAUAUCAGGGUGGCAUCCUUCUCGAGAACUACCGGAAAUGGUGGUUUGAGAACACAGUAUGGCCUGCUAAAAACCCUCACUCAGAUGUUGCAGACUUCGUUGCGGGCUUGCCCAGCCACCCUUGGGACGAUGGACACUAUCAUGGAGAAGCCUUGUUGUCGGCGGAUUAUCCGAGCAUCAAAGUACCCUUCAUCACAUCUGUCAGUCAGACCUCUUGGAUCCACUCUCGUGCCGGCUUCGAAGCCUUCAUGCAUGCCCCCUCGGUGUCGAAGAGACUAUUAGUGUGGGACGCCUCGUAUACUUCCUACAUGUAUGAAGAUAGCAAACUCGACCUGGAGGAAUUUUUUGAUGAGCACCUUAAGGGUCAAAAGCCGGAGAGAAGGCCUCCUGCAGUGCGCCUAGUCAUGCGAACAGGUGAUGGUGGAUUUGAGUGGCGUGUAUCUGAUAGUUGGCCCCUUAGAGGAACUGACUAUCGGAGCUACUUCCUUGGUGCCGGUGGUAGCAAUCGUGACGGGCACCUUCUUGAUAUCCCACCUACGAAAGACGGCGUUAUUGAAUACUCUGCAGAUUCUAGCGGCCCCGUGGAGGACGUGGACCUAGCUGUAUUCACCUCAGAGCCUCUUGAACAACCUCUUGAGCUGGCAGGCCAUUUCCGCGCGUCUCUAUGGGUGUCAUCAUCAUCUACAAAUGCUGACAUAUUCGUGGCCAUACGUGUCUUUGACGGUAGUCGUGAGGUCCAGUAUCGCACGCGUGAGCCUGGUUCCGUUGCCCCCCUGACAUGGGGGGUUCUCAAAGCUUCUCACCGAGCCGUUGACCCCGGACUGAGCACAACGGAGCGCCCGUGGCACACCCAUCGACAGGAUGAUGCUUUACCUCUUACGCCAAAUGAGACGGUAGCAGUCGAGGUCGAACUAAUGCCGGCCACUGCACGCAUACCUGCAGGAUAUCGACUGCGCGUCGAGAUUUCUGCAGCUGAGGGAAGAGGAAGAAUUCCCGGGUUUGAACGAGCAUAUGAUGAAUCGUACCAUAAAGGUGUUGUCAACCGUGUUUUCGCAGGUCACACCCAUCCUAGCUCCAUCACUCUUCCUGUGGUAUGUGGAAACAAUCGGGGUAGAGAUCAUUCCUGA